AUGAUACGAUCAAUUGCAUUCCACAUUAAAAAUGCAACUCGCAUUUACUAAGCCUCAAGAUACUUACCAAAAUAUUUGUUGUCUGAGAAUGUCAAAGAAAAGUAAAUAAGAGAAAAUGAUAUGCUUUGGAUCGCAGCCAAUGCAGAGUAAUCAUCAAUUCAAUAAACUAUAGUGAUAAAAGAUGUUCGAUUAUAGAAAUUCAAAAAUUCAUAUAAGAAGAACCAUUACUAGAAUAAUCUCCAAUUCGAUUAAUGGACCUGGGAAAUAAUUACUUCAGACACAUUAAUCCCAGAAAAAAGAAGACUAUGCUAUAACUCUUAGAUGCCUACGUUGAUAACCUCACUUAAGAAGAAACCUAACUCUUUCAAGAUGCCUUAUCCAUUUAUUUUGAUAAUACGUAUUAAGGAAAGGAUAUGGAGAAUUUGAGUUGGGAAGAGAAGGAUUUUCCAGAACCAUUAUUAUGGCAUAUCUACAGCUUAAUGAUAUUUGAUAGACUGAGCAGUCAUUAUGCUCGUUAUGAAUAUCUGGAGUAAUUUAGGAUUAUCGAAUUUUUUAAUCAACGAGAUAAAGUACCAACAUAUUAUUAUGUAUAAAUUUUUAGUCAAAAGUCAACAGAGUGAAGUAUGUGUUUACUUCUCAUCCUACACAACCAAAUUCGUUAACAUAGUUGAUUGCUAUAAGUAGAAUGCUCCAAGGGAUUGAAUAAAAUGACUACAAGUAUCUUAAGUAUGCUGCAAAAUUAUUUAUCCAAUCAAACAAAUAAAGAGUAUUUAAUGUAAAUACUCCAACAUCAUAUCUUAUAGAAAGUCUCUUACAUUGAAGAAUCAUUAAUCUAUCAUUCCUAAUAUUUACCAAAUCUAAUUAAGGCUGUAGCUCAGGCUUAUGAACUUGGUUUGUAAAACCCUGAAUAUUAUUUUGAGACUCCUGGUACUUGGUUGACAUUUGAUUUUGAUAAUCACCCUGGAAUGGUAGCAUCUCAUUAUAUAUUCAUAGGAAAUUGGUAUUAUGUCCUAUACACAUGGAUUGACAAUUGAUUUGACAUUAUAAUAGUACAAGGAGUAUAUUGCUGAAGCAAAAUUGGAGGAGAAUGAAGAUUUUAAGAAGAUAUUAGAAUUAUAUUAAUCAGCUUUAGAUUAUAGCAAAGACAUCAGAGAUUUAAGUGAAAAAUUUAGAGUCAAGAAGGAGAUUUCACUUGAAGAAUUUUAUUAAUAAAUGCCUAUUUUCAAUAUUAAAAAGAUAGAAGAUUAAAUUAAUUAAAUUCUAGAUCACAUCUUGGCUAAAAAUGAUGAUUCUAAAGAAUACUUUAUUGCUCUGAAGUUGAAGAAACUUUAUUCUAUUUUCAGAUUAACAGGAGUAUUGGGACAAAUUAGACUGGCUGGUGAAGACUUGACAGAUGUAUAAAUACUUAUCUUAUUAAGCUUAACAAAAUCAAACCAAUGAUCAAAAAUAUAUUCAAAGAACUCUCGCUUUUAAAUGCCAAUGGACAAGCAGCAGACAUGAUUAUUAUUGCCAAUUUCCAAACUUAAUCAUAGUAUGAUUUAGUUAAUGAAUUAAUUAACCAGUAUAAGGUGUAGAAUGUAGAAAUAGUACCAUUGUUGGAAACCUUCUCAUCAACAAACAAUACUGAUUCUAAAAUAACUAUGAUUGCCAGUAGUGACACACGAUAAAGAGAUGGCUUGAUCUUAACUGAACUCAGAAAUAUGAGAGAAUACAAAAGGAAUCCAGAAAAGUAUAUAUAUAUGGGAUAGGGUAUCACUCCAGAAAGAGGAGGUGGGCCAUAUACUUUGAUCCAUACUAAGUAUUAAGCAUUAACGAGAGCACAACGAAAAAGACAUAUAAGAACUAUCUAAGGUCACUAUUUCACCUCAGAGUUUGCUAGUGAAGAUGUUGCCUUCACUUUUUUGUUGAAUGGCUUAGCAAACAUUAAUUACAGUGAUGAUUUCGAACCCUCUUAUGAAUACAUGGAUUUUUUGUUUGAAUUAGGUAAAUUGAUUGUAAUAGUGUAGAUAAUAUAAUUGGGGUUCCUUAAAGAGCAAUGUAAAAAACCAAAGAGUACAAUGACUUGUAUGUGAAAAAUUAAGUUGUCAAAACUAUGGUUGAAUCUUUCAAUUUUGGAGGAAGUCGAGAGGUUGCUAAACCUUUUGAAAGCAUAAAGAAUCAGAGAGCAAUUGUUCAAGCUUAUUGCAAUAGUGACAGAUGCUCCUUCACUCACCCAGAAUUAGCUUAUUGGGAUAGAGUUCCAGAAGAGCUAAUCAAUAAAAUAGCAAAUUAUUACUAUAAUAAUCAUCCUCAUAUGAAAUACAUGCUUUACAUGUAUGCUUUAAUGGCCAGAAGAUGUGACUUAGAUUUUGCAAAGUAGGAAGUUGGAUUGGAUUCUUCUAACCCUUAUUUUUAAGCUAUGUAAAAGGGGAGAGCAGCCUUAAUCAAAAUUUUAGAUCAAUUAGGCUUAGGUGAUAAUAGUACUCCAAUGAUUGCAAUUUGGAAAUAGCAUCUGGGGUGUCAAUUAUAAUCGAUGAAUAUGGAAGUCAAUUAAAAGUUUUAAACAUUUAGAACUCUGAAUUAACUACAAUUGUACUAGGCUAAAAAAAUGGUUAAACACGGCAUUUUAGAAACUGACAUUGCUGCAAGUUAAAGAAAAUUGAGAAUUUUACAAUCUACAUUGGCAAACAUGACAUCCUUUGCUGGAAAGGGUUGA